AGGGAUGUCCACAGCUGGUCUGGGUGGUGGCUGCCAUGGUUUGGAAGGUGAGAGGCACCAGCUGGCAUUGUCUUGUCUUCUCUGUCUCUCUGAGCGAACAGCCUCAGAGGUCUGCACAAGCUUUGGCCACUCCAGGUCCUGGGGGAAUGGUGACUCAGCCUAGGUCAUAAAAAGGAGGGGAGUGUUACAAUUUUUGGAGAACUUGGCCUUGGAGCCUGUUUGGAUCAGAUCUCCACUGUUUCCUUAGAGAAACAGGUAGAGAUUUGGAAUGAAAGUAGAGAGCCAGGCCACAUCUUCACUUGCAGCAGCAUCAGUAAACUGCUGUGUGGUGGCAGGUGUCACUGUGUCACCCUGCACCCUGCUUCUGCAGCUGCCUGCAGGGCUGUGCUGCCUGCGGGGCCCAGGGAGGGUUGUUGCCACACCAACAGCACGCGCAGCUCCCCAGGGCUCCUGUUCCCCGGCAGCGGCCCCAGUCCGGGUGCAGCCGUGGUGGAUGAUGAUGGCCUGUCGCCGAUGGCUUGUCCCGCCCGUUCAAGGCCUGCUGCUCUGUAUCUUGGCUCUGCACAUCCAUCUCCAGGACUCUCUUGCCCCAGCAGAGCACAACACAGUUGCCAACAGCACCGUGGUGGCUGCUAAGAACACCUUGUUGGUUCCUGCGGCCACCAAGAACACCUUGGUGACCACCAAGAAUGCCUCAUUGGUGGCCACAGCUGUCAAGAACACCACCAAGGAUGCCACAGUGGUGGCCGCCACCAAGGAUGCCACAGUGGUGGCCACCAAGGAUGCCACAGUGGUGGCCACCAAGGAUGCUGCAGUGGUGGCCACCAAGAAUGCCAGAGAAGUGGCUGCUAAGAAUGCUACAGUGAUGGCCGCCACCAAAGAUGCCACAGUGGUGGCCACCAAGAAUGCCACAGUGGUGGCCACCAAGAAUGCCACAGUGGUGGCCACCAAGAAUGCCAGAGAAGUGGCUGCUAAGAAUGCUACAGUGGUGGCUGCCACCAAAGAUGCCGCAGUGGUGGCCACCAAGAAUGCCAGAGAAGUGGCCACCAAGGAUGCCGCAGUGGUGGCUGCCAAGGAUGCUGCAGUGGUGGCCGCCAGGAAUGCCAGAGAAGUGGCCGCUAAAAAUGCUACAGUGGGGGCUGCCACCAAGGAUGCCUUAGAGGUGGCCGCCAAGAGUGCCUCGGUGGUGACCACUGCCAGCCACACCUUGGUGGUUGCCACCAACACCUCGGUGGUGGCCACUGGCAAUGCCUCAGUGGCCACCAACACCUCUGUGGAUGGUGCACAAGAGACAGUGCUCACCUGCCAGAGCUUUCAGUGCUCCGGGGAGAGGUGUUACCAGGAUGAAGCCCAUUCCAACAGAACAGUCACCUGCCAUAAUGAGACUUACUGUGAGCUAUAUCGUUUCUCCAGCACAAACUACACAGCCAGGUGCAGCAGCAGGUGUGGUGUGGGGCUGUGCAGGACCAACAGCAGCGAGAGCAGGCAGCAAUGUGCCCUGGAGUGCUGUGCCACUACGCUGUGUCUGCAGCUCAAUGCCAGUGCCUACGGUGACCUGCCACCCACCACUGCUCCACCAACAACUGCCACCACCACCCACCGACCUCCCUCCCAAAACGGAAAAGUGUGCACGGCAUUCUCCUGUCACGGGGACGGGUGUUUCAAAGGCAGGAAGACCAUCACUAGAUGCAUCUUGGGGCAGGACUUCUGUGAGAUGAAGAAGACGGGCUCGAAUUACAUGGCUGGAUGUAGCAAAACCUGCAAGGCUGCCAAACCAGUCUGUGCCAGUGGGAUGAAGGCUGCCUGUUACCAGGAAUGCUGCCCAGCCAUCCCAAAAGCCAGCUGUCUGAAACUGGAUGGCAAAAUUCAUGUCAAUAGCGCUGAGCAGGUGAUACUGGCCCCACUCUUGAAGGUCAUGGCAUGUGGGGUGGUCCUUCUCCUGAAUUACAGGGCCUUCACUUCCCUCUGGGGGUAGGCAGGAGUCAGGAUGCUCCACAGCCUGCCCUCCUGCAACAGAGCUCUGCAGCAGCGCUCAGUAGGAUCCUGUUGCUCUCUGACUUCAGCCAAGGCCACUAUCACACACUCUGUCACAUCCCUGUCACACUCAGAAAGCUACAGCCAGGGAUUCUUCCCUACCCCACCCCAAUCUUGUAGGCCUGAGAGACCCGCAAACUAAUUGUGGAUCCUGAGAGCCAUGCAGUGUGUGCCUCCGUGCUGCUGGAAUGAGGGACCAGGAACGAGAAGGUGUUAGGCCUCCUUAAAAAUCAGAAAAUUCUGCCUUGACUGAAGGCAUAGGGGCUUCUCUAGUCAAUGACCUGCUUGUGGUGCAGCCUCCCUGGACCCCUGUGACCUGCAUAGUUCUGAACAGUUUAGUUCUGAACUGCUCUGGCAAUGUAAUGCCUCUUGCCUGGGUGAGUAAAUGGUAACUCUAUGUUUUGUCUCCAGAUCCUAGGCAGGAAAAUGGGAUUACUCUAAAGGUAUCUCAUGUUUUAGAUGAUCCUGUUUCACAGCUGUGGUUCUCUGUUGCUAAAAGCAGAGCCUAGCUGUGAGCCUGUGACACGAACACCCCCAGUGCUCCCCCAGCCUGUUCUUGCAGCGUGAGGAGCUGGUUGGGCAGAACUCCCUGGAGUCAAGGUGCUGCCAGUUGUGCACAUGCUCAUGGCGCUGUCCCCUGCAACCGCUCUCCUCUGCCACUGCUGGCUCCUUAGAGAAAAGAUUGCAAAAUAUUAAAGUUUGUGUC